AUGGUGAGACUGGCCCCAGUGGACCUCCUGGACCUGCUGGACCUGCUGGAGAGAGGGGAGAGCAGGGACAGACUGGAGCCCCUGGCUUCCAGGGUCUUCCCGGACCGACUGGAGCUCCUGGAGAGGGCGGAAAGCCUGGAGACCAGGGUCUUCCUGGUGAGGGUGGAGCUCCUGGUGCUGUUGGAGCCAGAGGUGAGCGUGGUUUCCCUGGAGAGAGGGGCGGAGCCGGACCUCAGGGUCUGCAGGGACCUCGUGGACUUCCUGGAACUGCUGGAACUGAUGGACCCAAGGGAGCUAUUGGACCGGCUGGAUCUCAAGGAGCACAAGGCCCCCCUGGUCUGCAGGGUAUGCCUGGAGAGAGAGGUGCAGGUGGCAUCCCAGGACCUAAAGGAGACAGAGGAGACAAUGGUGCAAAGGGACCUGAGGGAGCUCCUGGAAAGGACGGUUCUAGAGGUUUGA